CGCGGGGGGGGGGUAGCGGAUGGGGUCCCAUGGGGUGUCCCGCGGGAGGGCCCGGCGGGUCCCCCCGCUGCCCCCUGUGGACAAGGGGACCGCCAUCCCCCCUUCAGGCACUCUCCUCACUCUUAUCCGCUGUUGCGGGAUGCUGCGUUGUUUGCUACAUGCCUCCAAGAGGCCUCAGAUCGACUGCGAGGUGGCUCCAAGUGGCCACGGAGCUUCCCAAGAAGUCCCCCAAGAGGCCGUAGCCAUUUUGGCUCAAGCCGUUUUUGCCCAGGCGGUCCGAAUUAGAGCCAGCCUUCGGGAAUAGCAUUCCGCUGUCUGCGCGCCUCUUGAACGCUGGUUACGGAUGAGUCCCCGCCCCGCAUUGGAGCCUGAACUCGUGGGCAAGCUCUUCGACUCCUGAGGCGCGAGCCCAAGAUGGCCUUCCUGUGUUGCCGGAGGCGGUGCUAAUGAUGCGCUGGACGGCCGCGCUCACCGGGUCCACCAGCGGGACGCUGCGGCUUUGGGACCUCACUGGCAGGGACGAGGAGCCACUCGUGUCGCCCGAGGGGCACGCGGCGUCCGUCACGUGCGUGUCUGUGGAUUGGGAGUCGAAGCGGGCGGUGACUGGCUCUGCAGACCGCGCGCUGCGCAGCUGGGACCUGGACGAGCUGGAGUGCAUCGGUACGCUGCAGGGCCACGACGGUUGGAUCUGGAGCGUGGACGUGGACUGGCAGGGGGGCUCGGGCGCCGUCAGCGCCUCGGACGAUCGCACCCUGCGGCUGUGGAGCAUGUCGGCCUUCUGCCUUCUGCCCGCGGCUGUGCUUCGGCAGGUGGAGGCUGACACAGACCAGGCGUCGAGCGACGCCACGUGCGUCCAGUGCGAAAAGAGCAUGGCGGUGCAGGGCGGUUGGGCGAUGCACGUGGUGGUCAACUGGAAUCUGCAGCAGGCGCUGUGCGCGUGCAGCAACCGCACGCUCGAGCUCUGGGAUCUGCAGACCGGGUCGCAGGUUGCCGUGCUCUCUGGUCACGCGAGCGCCGUUAAGUGUGUCGGUGCGGAUUGGGGCCGCCGGCAAGCGUUGAGUGGUUCAAGCGAUGGGGCGAUCAAGCUUUGGAAUUUGAGGACGGCAGAAUGUCUCCUGACAUUGGACGGCCAUGCGGAGCCUGUCCGGUGCUUGGCAUUUGACCCGAAGUCUCAAAGAGCUUUAAGUGGUUCUGAGGAUUGUCUACUGAAGUUAUGGGACACCACAAGUGGCCAGUGCAUCGUCACGCUCAAUGGUCAUGCGGAUUCAAUAGAGUGUAUGAGAGUUGACUGGGCAGGGCAGACAGUCAUCAGCGGGUCCCGCGACGGAGAGUUAAAGGUAUGGUCAUUGAGCUUGAGAACGUGCACCUCGACCUUUCAGCAUGCCACUGGCGUCGCAUCUUGUGACGCUGGAUAUUUAUGUCGCGAUGUGUGAAGGGAGGCAGCAGCUGCCGCCAAGCCAAAAAACAAGUCCCCCAAGAGGCCCCCAAACAGAGGC